AAGGUCGAGUGAGGCUUUGAAAUCCUUGUGGUUGCUGGACUUGUCAUCGUGCAUAUCCUUGGAAAGAUUGACUGAUCCGUCGAAGUUAGAAUCCCUGAUGUCAAUUUGCUUGUCAUAUUGUACAGCCUUGGAGAGGAUAUCUGAUCUAUCAGCUUUGAAAUCCUUGAAAAAGUAUUCAGGAAAAAAAAAAAAAAAAUCCUUGAAAAAGCUGGACUUGUCAUAUUGCACAGCCUUGGAAGGAUUGCCUAGUCUAUCAAACUUGGAAAUGCUGAGAGACUUAAAGCUCGCCCACAGCCAGAUAUCCUUGAGGGAGCUGGACUUGUCAUCAUGCAUAUCCUUGGAAAGAUUGCCUGAUCUGUCGUAGUUGGAAAUGCUGGAAGAAUUAAAGCUCACCAAGUGCCAGAAGCUAUAUGAGAUUCAGGGUCUUGGGGCUUUGAAAUCCUUGAAGAUGCUGGUCUUGCCAUUGUGCAAAUCCCUGGAAAGAUUGCCCGAUCUGUCGAGUUGGAAAUGCUGGAAGAGUUGAAUCUCGCCAAGUGCCAGAAGCUACAUGAGAUUGAGGGUCUUGAGGCUUUGAAAUCCUUGUGCAUGCUGGACUUGUCAAGUUGGCAUCAUGCAUAUCCUUGGAAAGAUUGCCCGAUCUAUCAUACUUGGAAAAUGUUAGAAGACUUGAGGCUCGCCUACUGCCAGAAACUACAUGAGAUUGAGGGUCUUGAGGCUUUGAAAUCCAUGAAGAUGCUGGACUUGACAUCGUGCAGUCUUGGAGAGGAUACCUAAUCUGUCGAGACUAAGAACUUUAAAGGAAUUACGACUUCAUAACUGUGAGAAACUUGGUGAGAUUUGCAGACUUGGAGAACUGAAAUUAUUGGACGUUUCUGGAUGCAUGUCAUUACGAAAUUUACUACAUUUAGAACAUCAGAGAAGUGUUUUACAUGCAACCUGAUGGCAUGGAAAUGGGCAUAGAGUGAUGAGACAGUGGACUUACGAAAAGGCCUUCUGGCAGCACAAGAAGCAUUUUGUUAGUGCUAUUGUGGAGGAGUGGAAGGAGGCAUUGAAGGAGGUUGGAAAAUUGAAGGGAUGCGAAGUGAAGAAAGUUGCUGAUGGGCAUCAAGGAAGACUGAUAAAGAUGGUUGUUUCAAAGGUAUGGGGAGAGCUAAAAAGGAACUCAUUGGUUGUAAAUAAUGAAUGCUUAGUUGGAAUUGAUGAUCAUGUUGAAGAAAUGAUGAGAUUUUUGAGUGUUAAUACCAGUGAUGUAAGGAUUGUGGGAAUCCAUGGCAUGGGAGGAAUUGGCAAGACCACUAUUGCCAAGGUCAUCUACAACCAACUCUCCCAACAGAAUUUUGAAUUCUGUUGCUUCCUUGCAGAUGUUAGAGAAGCAGCACAACAACCCAAUGGUAUUGUUAAUUUACAAAAUCAACUUAUAUCUACCAUCUUAAAAUGGAGAUGCGCCAACAUUAGUAGUAUGGAUGAAGGAAUUAAUGUAAUCGAAGAUCGAUUUUCUGGGAAGAAAGUUCUUGUUGUCGUUGAUGAUGUAGAUCAAAGAAUUCAACUUCAUGCACUUGUGGGAAAGUGUGAUUGGUUUGGUUCAGGAAGUAGGAUAAUUGUCACAACUAGAAACAAAGAGAUUCUAAAUAUCCCUGAGGUAGAUUGGACUUAUGAACCGAAGGAAUUGGAUUCUAAUCAAUCUCUUCAACUUUUCAGCAAGCAUGCUUUUAGAAGGGACCAUCCCCCAGAAGACUAUGAUACUCUCUCUAGAGAUGUUGCGUCCAAAACUGGAGGGUUGCCUUUGGCUCUUGAGAUUAUUGGUUCUUUUUUAUCUGGCAAGAGAAGAGCGGUGUGGAAUGAGACAUUGAAGAAGUUGAAGAGAAUACCGGAUGGACAAGUCCAGAAGAAGCUGAGAAUAAGUUACGAUGCAUUAGAAUAUGAACAACAACAGAUAUUUCUCGAUAUUGCAUGUCUUUUCAUUGGUGUGGAUAAAAGAAUUGCUUUCCACAUGUGGGAUGCCUGCGAAUUUUAUCCGGAAAAUGGAAUUGAAGUUCUUCUUCUCAUGUCCCUGGUGAAAAUUGGAGACAACAAUGAGCUAAGGAUGCAUGAUCAGCUUAGAGACAUUGGCAGGGAUAUUGUCCGUCAAGAAAAUUUCAAGGAGCCGGGGGAGCGUAGUAGGGUGUGGUUGCAUGAUGAAGCCUUCGACAUAUUGGAGACUCAUACAGUAAGAUUCAACUUCCUCAUGAAAGUUGAAAUAAUAACUGGAAUUUCCUCAGAGAGUGUAAUUCAUCAUUAA